AUGCUAGCACCAACUGGUAAAGCAGCUUAUAAUAUUAAAGGUAACACGAUACAUAGUGCUCUAGCAAUACCAGCAUGUCAGUCAUUGAGACAAUAUAAAAAGCUUGAUUCUGGCAGAUUAAACACAAUCAGAUGUCAAAUUGGUGGAGUGAAACUUAUAUUUGUAGACGAAAUCUCCAUGGUUGGUAACACCAUGUUUAAUGUGCAAUUCAAUAAUAGACUCAAAGAUAUCAAAGGUAGCUCACUACCAUUUGGUGGUGUUAGCAUUAUUGCUAUUGGUGAUUUAUUCCAACUACAACCUGUAAUGGAUGGCUAUAUAUUUAAAGACAUGGAUAAUUUUGAAUAUGGAAUACUUGCACCCAAUUUCUGGCAAGAGUUAUUCAAAAUGUUUGAACUCAAACAGAUAAUGAGACAAAGAGAAAGUAAGCAGUUUGCAGAAAUGUUAAAUAGGUUAAGAGAAGGAAAUCAAACUGAGGAUGACAUAAAAAAAUUCAAAGAAAGAAUAAUAGAUCCUAAUAGCAAUAAUUAUCCAAAAGAUGCUCCUCACUUGUUCAUACAGAAUGCUAAAGUAAAUGACUUCAACCGUAAAGCACAUAAUGCAUUGCCAGGAACAAAAUACUCAAUCAAUGCACAGGAUAGUGUUAUAGGAGCUGAGUCACAAGAACUUAGGGAUAAAAUACUUAGACAAGUACCUAGUGACCCUAGAAAAACAAAGCAGCUAUACUCUGUACUUAAACUAGCAGUAGGUGAAAGAACUGAAAUAUCUCUUAAUACUAGAACUGAUGAUGGUAUGACCAAUGGUGCUGGAAAUGUUAUUAAACUAAUACAAAUACAUCAAACAGACAAACCAUCAGGUAUAAUAUGGGUACAGUUUGACCAUCCUGAUGUUGGUCAGAAAACUAGACAUGAUAACAGACAGUUAUAUACUCAAGAUAUUCAGCCAUCAUGGACACCAAUUAAACCCAUAACUACUCAAUUUGCUGUAGGUAGAAAUAGAACUGUACAGGUUGUAAGAAAGCAAUUUCCACUAAGACCGGCUGCUGCUAAAACUAUUCACAGAUCACAAGGUGAUACUGAAACUAAAAUUGUAGCUAAUUUUGAAACUAAAAGAGCCAUACCUCAUAUUCAUUAUGUUGGGCUAAGCAGAGUUACGACUAUAGAAGGGUUAUAUAUCACUGAUUUUUGUGAAAACAAAAUAUCUGUUUCUCCCGAUGUUCAGAAGGAGAUGGAAAGGUUGAGAACUCAAGCACAACUCAAACCAUGCAUAACUCCAAUUUACAAUGCAGAUGCAAUCAAUUUUAAAUUAUGCUCUCUUAACUGCCGAUCUUUGCAUAAGCACAUUGACGACAUUCGCAAUGAUCUCAAUUACUCUGCAACUGAUAUUAGUAUAUUCUAUGAAACAAGAUUCAAUCCAACUGAAACUGAUUCUAUAUACACAAUAAAUAACUACAAUUUAUUCAGAAAUGAUGGUGUAUCAAACACAAAUGUUAGACCAUAUGGUGAACCUCCUCAGUUAGACUAA